CAUGUAGAGUACAGAACGUUGCCUGGAUGUUGCAGUUUUUCAGAAGCGAGGUUUGGUACUAACUUGUUCCAAGAGUGUCAGAUCUUCUUCGCAUCUUCCAAACUGAAGAAAAUAAUGCAAUUUCAGCUAUGUCGGCCUUACCUUUUAUAAUCUUAUUCUCCAUCGUCCAGCCUUCGCUUCAGCUGGAUUAUUCUAUAUUUUCCAUAUACAAUCAACAUCAUAACGUGUGCUUACAAGCUCAGAAUUCUGGAGCCAUCAUUACUGCCCCUUGUAAAGAUGAUAAUGACUUCCAAAGGUUUAGGUGGAUUUCUUUGCAUCAGUUAGUGAAUGUCGGCAUUAAACAGUGCCUGGGAGCAACUGCUAAAAAGGACAUGGCCGUUAUCACUACCUACCCUUGUGAUGGGACAAGCGAGCUGCAGAAGUGGGAAUGUAAAAAUGAUACACUUUUUGGAAUCCAAGGAGAAAACCUGUACUUGAAUUAUGGAAACAUGGAACAAAAAGUUAUCCUUUACAAAGAAUCUGGACUAUGGAGUAGAUGGAAGGUGUAUGGAUCCUCUGAUGACUUGUGCACAAAGGCUUAUGAAGAUGUGUAUACGCUACUUGGGAAUGCAAAUGGUCAGCCAUGUGUAUUCCCCUUUAAAUUUCAAACCAAAUGGCAUGCAGACUGCACCCUGGAGGGAAGAUCCGAUGGGAAGCGGUGGUGUUCAACGACUUCAGAUUACGACAAAGACAAGUUACAUGGAUUGUGUCCAUCUACAUCUACUGAUACGUUGUGGACUACAGAUUCCGUUUCAGGAAUCCAUUACCAAAUAAACAACCAGGCAGCGCUCACUUGGUUUCAGGCGCGGAAAAGCUGUUUACAACAGGAAGCUGAGUUAUUAAGCAUCACUGAGAUCCACGAGCAAACCUUUCUCACAGGCUUAACAAAUCCUAUGUCUACAUCUCUCUGGACUGGACUCAAUAGUUUGAAUUUUAAUGCAGGUUGGCAGUGGAGUGGGGGAAGUCCAUUUCGUUAUUUAAAUUGGGUUCCAGGAAAUCCUUCAUCAGAACCUGGGAUAAAUUGUGUGGCGCUAAAUACAGGAAAGAAUGGAAAGUGGGAGAACAAAGAAUGCUCUCAGAAACUGGGAUACAUAUGCAAGAAAGGCAGCAUUACACCCAGCACAAUUGCAAAGCCCUCUGAAAGUGACAGUCCAACCAGCUGCCCACCAUCAUGGUUACCUUAUGCUGGUCAUUGUUACACUGUGAAAAAAGAGAACAAAAUCUGGAAAGAAGCCUUGUCUUUAUGCAGAAAAGAAGAAGGAGAUCUGGCAAGUUUCAACAAUGUUGAAGAAUUAAGCUUCAUUUCCUCUCAGUUUGAAGUUGAGCAAACAACCAAGGUUUGGAUUGGUCUGAAUGACCUUAAAAAUCACAUGUACUUUGAAUGGAGUGAUGGAACGCCAGUGACAUAUACCGUGUGGUUGAGAGGAGAACCAUCUCAUCAUGACAAUAAGCAGGAGGACUGCGUCUCAUUUGACCCCAAGAGUGGACAUUGGUCAGAUGACAUGUGUGAAAUGAAAUUUCAGUAUAUCUGUAAAAGAAAACCAUUGCCUUUUGAACUUGAACAAGUGGAUCUCGCUGAUAAAGGAUGUAGUAAGGGUUGGAAAAGACAUGGCUAUUUUUGUUAUCGUAUAAGUGACACAACGGAAACGUUUGCAGAAGCUAAUCAAACUUGUAUUGGCCAUCAAGGCUUCCUUGUAACUGUUGAAGACAGGUUUGAACAAGCUUAUCUCACAAGUCUAAUAGGGCUGAGGCCUGAAAAGCAAUUUUGGACAGGACUUACAGACAUAGAGGAAAGAGGAGUCUAUAAGUGGACUAAUGGAGAAAAUGUUUUAUUUACACACUGGAAUUCUGAGAUGCCUGGUAGAAGACAAGGCUGUGUUGUCAUGAGAACUGGAAACAAAGGGGGAUUAUGGGAUGUUAUAAACUGUGAAGAGAAAGCAAAAUUUGUCUGCAAACAGAUGGCAGAAGGAGUAACGCCGCCUCCAAUUCCGACAACAACAGCAGAACCCAAGUGCCCAACUGACUGGAAGACAUCUAGUGAAAUUGGCUCAUGUUAUAAACAUUUUUCUAGAGGAGAUGAAGAAAAGAAAUCCUGGUUUGAAGCCAGAAAUUUUUGCAAAGUAAUAGGAGGUGACUUGCUCAGCAUCAACAGCAAAGAAGAAGAAACAAUACUUUCACAAAUGCUUUUGAAUUACAUGGAUUAUAACCAGAUGUUCUGGAUAGGACUCCAAACAUCAGAUCCAGAAGAAGGCUUUAAAUGGGUAGAUGGCUCAGCAUUGUCUUAUGAAAACUGGGCAUAUGGGGAACCCAACAAUUACCAAGGCAUAGAGUUCUGCGGAGAAUUGCACAUUAAUUUUCGUUUGUCAUGGAACGACGGGCAUUGCGAAAACUCUGCAGACUGGAUUUGUGAGCUCAAAAAAGGUGCACCUUUAAACCCUGAACCAACAAAAUCUGCUAUUCCAGAGUAUGAAUUGACAAGUGAUGGUUGGAUUAUAAGUGAAGACACCCAGUAUUUUAUCAGUACGGAGGUUGUGGCCAUGGAUAAAGCAAGGGAGUUUUGUAAGAAAAAUUUUGGUGAUCUUGUUGUCAUUAAUGAUGAGACGGAAAGACGAUUUCUGUGGAAAUAUAUAUUAAAAAAUGGAAAGGAAAGUGCAUAUUUGAUUGGAUUAACUCUAGGACUCGACAGAGAAUUUAGGUGGAUGGAUGGAUCUGUUAUGGACUUUGUAGCAUGGGCAAGCUAUGAACCCAACUUUGCAAAUAAUGAUGAGAAUUGUGUUGUAAUGUACAAGAAUAUGGGCUUUUGGAAUGACAUCAGUUGUGGGUAUCCCAAUCCAUAUAUUUGUGAAAGGAGAAACAGUUCUAUUAAUGUAACAUUUGCCCCGACUCCACCUCCCCAAGAAGGAGGAUGCCCUUCAGACUGGAUGGCAUUUGGGAAAAGGUGCUAUAAAAUAUUUGGCAGAGAAAAGGGUGAAGUGACCGACUGGGACACGGCACGCACAGCAUGCAUGAAAUUCAAAGGCAAUCUUGCCACAGUGGAAAAUGAAUUAGUACAAGCUUUCCUGACCUACAGUUUAAAAGAUCUAAACGUCGAUGUCUGGAUUGGAAUGAAUGAUAAAAAUGAAGAGCACCGGUUUCUUUGGACCGAUGGAAGAGGAGUCUAUUAUACGAACUGGGCCAAAGGACACCCAACAGGGAGUCGUUUUUACUCAUCUGAUGAUGCUACUGAUUGUGUUUCUGUAAAGCAAGGCCCUACUUUGGAUGCAGGAUCAUGGUUUGAGGAAGACUGCUCUCUCAGCCGAGGAUACAUCUGUCAAAUAGACAAGAACCCAGCUUUGCCCGCUUCUCCAACUAUAGCGCCUUCACUAACAUUAUUCAAGUAUGGUAACGAAACCUUUAAAAUUAUUAAUUCCAAAAUGUCAUGGGACGAAGCACGGCGUAAAUGCAAAUCAGAAGAUGCUGAACUUGUCAGCAUUACAGAUGAAUACACCUAUUCCUUCCUGAAGGUUUAUACCGCUAAAUACCGUGAACCUUUUUGGAUUGGCCUUAACAGCAACAAGACUAAUAAUCAAUACAAAUGGAUUGAUAAUUGGAGACUUCGAUAUACCAAAUGGGCUGCAGAAGAACCGAAGAAGACAACUGCUUGUGUAUAUAUGGAUAUAGAUGGGCAGUGGAAGACAUCAUCAUGCAGUGAAAAUUAUUUCUCUAUCUGCAAGCAGAGUGAUGCAAUUGCUCCCACUGAUCCGCCACAAAAACCUGGAAAGUGUCCUCCAGAUUCAGAUGACAAGUCAUGGAUACCCUUCCGCGGUCACUGCUAUCUCAUGCAAAUAGCAAACCUCAAAUACUGGUAUCAAGCUUCAUUGGAAUGUCUUCGGCUUGGUGCUUCUUUAGCAUCCUUUGAAGAUUCAUUGGAAACAAACUUUGUAUGGCAUCAAAUUGAGAGACUGGAGGACAGAGUCAAGUCAUUUUGGAUUGGAAUGUAUCAGAAUGUGGAAAAUAAGUGGCUCUGGCUGGACAAUACUCCAGUUGACUAUGUAAACUGGAAUGAUGGGGAACCUUCCGAUCACAAUGAUGAGCACUGCGUUGAAAUGUAUUCAUCACGUGGAACCUGGAAUAAUCAACACUGUUCUUCUUAUAGAGGGUUUAUCUGUAAAAUCCAAAAAAUUCCUGAGCCUACAGAAAAGACCCCAGAAAAUCCAGAUAAAAUUAAAAGGGAUGCACCUUCGCAUGGAAAGAUUGGUGGAAUUAUCAUUUUUCUCCUUCUUGUUGGCGCCGGUACAACCUAUUCUGUUUACUAUGUAUGUAAAAGACAGAAGAACAAGCCACCAGAGGACAAUAAUUUUGACAAUUCAUUGUAUUUUGAUGGGGAACGCGUACCUGCAACACACGACACCAACAUUCUUGUGGAAAAUAUUGAGCAAAAUGAAGAUGUCAUCUCAUAGUAUUACUAGACAAUGCAAUCUUUGCUAUAAAGGACGGUUUGCUGCAGUUUACAGGAUUAACAGAAUAAAUGAAAAUAAGUUCACUAUUAUAAGGAUGAGAGCAAAUAUGAUAACAUCAGUGUGGCAAGAAUGCAAAUAUAAUUCUCUUCAUCGCUUAGAUAGUAACUACGGUCAAUUAUGGAAGAAGAAAUACUUUGGAAUUCCAAGUUGUGUUUAAUGCGUUCAUAAGACUUUUUCAAAAUACUACUGCAAUGAAAUCAAAUUCAUUGUGAAUGAUGUUAUGGUUUGUAAGUAAGGCAUUUUAGCCAAUCACAGUUAUUGUUCCGUCUUUAUUUAACAUCAGAAAAAGUUUAGACAACCAAUGAGAUUCUUGAGCAUUUGUCAGUUCCUUUAAGAAGAAAUAUGCCUCACCUCACUAUCACUCACCUAAACUGAUUUAUCAGCCCAGUCAGCUAUAUCUUUAGACAGAACAUAAGAAUAACCCAAAGGAUUUGGCCAAUACCCUUCACUGGCAAUCAGUCGACAUGCUUAUGUUUCUAUCAUCAUAGGUUGCAAUUUGUUGUAUCUAAAGCAAAUUACAUUUGUUUUUUUUUAUCUUCAUGGAAAAUUCAUCAAAAUUCAUACAUCUUGCUAUUAUGGUUAAAGGAAUAGUGUCAUGGAAAAACAUGUUUU